UUUUUGUUAUUAUUGUACAGAAAACAGAGUUCAGAUAAUGCAACUGAUGAAGAGACAGGAUCAGUCCAAGAUGAGGAUAACCAUGACAAAGGAACACCAAGCAAUAUGCCAACUGAAAGUGACAGUGGUGUGCCCAAGAUUAUCCCAGCGACUGUCACUCCAGAGACUCAAGCAAAGGGAACGGUGACAAAGCCUGAAGAGCAUCAAGACACAACUGCCAAAAGUGGUGUGCCCAAGAUUAUCCCAGCGACUGUCACUCCAGAGACUCAAGCAAAGGUAACGGUGACAAAGCCUGAAGAACAUCAAGAUACUACUGCCGAAAGUGGUGUGCCCAAGAUCAUCCCAGAGAAGAUCACGCCAGAGACUCAAGCAAAGGGCACGGUGACAGAGCCCGAGGAACAUCAAGACACUGCUGCCGAAAGUGGUGUACCCAAGGUUAUCCCAGAGAAGAUCACGCCAGAGACUCAAACAAAAGUUGCGGUGACGGAGCCCGAGGAACAUCAAGACACUGCUGCCGAAAGUGGUGUGCCCAAGAUGAUCCCAGAGAAGAUCACUCCAGAGACCCAUGCAAAGGGUACGGUGACAGAGCCCGAGGAACAUCAAGACACUGCUGCUGAAAGUGAUGUGCCCAAGAUUAUCCCAGCGAUGAUCACUCCAGAGACUCAAGCAAAGGGUACGGUGACAGAGCCAGAGGAACAUCAAGACACUGCUGCCGAAAGUGGUGUGCCCAAGAUUAUCCCAGAGAAGAUCACUCCAGAAACCCAAGCAAAGGGUAUGGUGACGGAGCCCGAGGAACAUCAAGACGCUGCUGGUGAAAGUGAUGUGCCCAAGAUUAUCCCAGCGAUGAUCACUCCAGAGACUCAAGCAAAGGGUACAGUGACAGAGCCAGAGGAACAUCAAGACACAGCUGCAGAGAGUGGUGUGCCCAUAAUUAUUCCAGAGAAGAUCACUCCAGAGACCCAAGCAAAGGGUACGGUGAUGGAGCCCGAGGAACAUCAAGACACUGCUGCUGAAAGUGGUGUGCCCAAGAUUAUGCCAGCAACGAUCACUCCUGAGACUCAAGCAAAGAGUACGGUGACAGAGCCAGAGGAACAUCAAGACACUGCUGCCGAAAGUGGUGUACCCAAGGUUAUCCCAGAGAAGAUCACGCCAGAGACUCAAACAAAAGUUGCUGUGACGGAGCCCGAGGAACAUCAAGACACUGCUGCCGAAAGUGGUGUGCCCAAGGAUAUCCCAGAGAAGAUCACUCCAGAGACUCAACCAAAGGGCAUGGUGACAGAGCCUGAGGAACAUCAAGACACUGCUGCCAAAAGUGGUGUACCCAAGAUUAUCCCAGAGAAGAUCUCUCCAGAGACCCUUGAAGCAAAGGGUAUGGUGUCCGAGCUCGGGGAACAUCAAGACACUGCUGGUGAAAGUGGUGUGCCCAAGAUUAUGCCAGUGACAAUCACUCCAGAGACUCAAGCAAAGGGUACGGUGACAGAGCCCGCGAAACAUCAAGACAGUGCUGCUGAAAGCGGUGUGCCGAAGAUUAUUCCAGCGAUGAUCAUUCCAGAGACUCAAGCAAAGGGCACGGUGACAGAGCCAGAGGAACAUCAAGACACUGCUGCCGAAAGUGGUGUACCCAAGGUUAUCCCAGAGAAGAUCAUGCCAGAGACUCAAACAAAAGUUGCAGUGACGGAGCAUGAGGAACAUCAAGAUACUGCUGCCGAAAGUGGUGUGCCCAAGGAUAUCCCAGAGAAGAUCACUCCAGAGACUCAACCAAAGGGCACGGUGACAGAGCCCGAGGAACAUCAAGACACUGCUGCCAAAAGUGGUGUGCCCAAGAUUAUGCCAGUGACAAUCACUCCAGAGACUCAAGCAAAGGGUACGGUGAAAGAGCCCGCGAAACAUCAAGACACUGCUGCUGAAAGUGGUGUGCCCAAGAUUAUUACAGCGACGAUCAUUCCAGAGACUCAAGCAAAGGGUACGGUGACAGAGCCAGAGGAACAUCAAGACACUGCUGCUGAAAGUGAUGUGAAUAUACCGAAGAGUCUCCCAGAAAAGAUUGCUCUAGAGACUCCAGUAGAGACCUCAGUGACAGAGACUGAGGAGCCCCAACCCACUGCUACCAAAAGUGGUGUGCCCAAGAUUAUCCCAGAGAAGAUCUCUCCAGAGACCCAAGCAAAGGGUAUGGUGUCCGAGCUCAGGGAACAUCAAGACACUGCUGGUGAAAGUGGUGUGCCCAAGAUUAUGCCAGUGACGAUCACUCCAGAGACUCAAGCAAAGGGUACGGUGACAGAGCCCGAGGAACAUCAAGACACUGCUGCUGAAAGCGGUGUGCCGAAGAUUAUUCCAGCGACGAUCAUUCCAGAGACUCAAGCAAAGGGUACGGUAACAGAGCCCGAGGAACAUCAAGACAGUGCUGCCGAAAGUGAUGUGAAUAUACCGAAGAGUCUCCCAGAAAAUAUUGCUCCAGAGACUCCAGUAGAGACCUCAGUGACAGAGACUGAGGAGCUCCAACCCACUGCUACCAAAAGUGAAGCUGAGCCAAGUGAUGAUAAAAACACCCUCGUGGAAAAGAAAGAACAGCCGGUCCAGGAGCCAGGUGAUGAAUUUGUGGAAACCUGGGAGUCCUAUGAGAGCGAAGAAGACUCUGUACCGGAUUCUACAAAAAAAGCUGAAACAAUUGACAUUCCGCAGACUUCUGACACGGUCACCCCGAUGCCAGCAACUACUACACUGCAGAAUGCCCAACCCAAAGAGGAAAUGGUUUCCAAUACUGUGGCCACUGUGGAGGAGGAGGAGCAGUACUAGCUGCCCAGCAAAUAUUGGCACACAAGGCUCUCAUGUAUUGGGUAAUGAUCUGGAAUUAGUCAAAGCUGUCAAUAAAAUGUACUUUCAGUAAAGAUGUAGAAAAUGUUGCAUAUAGUAAUAGUAAGACUAUCAUAGACUAACUCGCCGAAAUGUGAGGUUCUCUGUGGUCUGAUCUGUGAAUCCAGAGGAAGGAGAAGACAACUUCGGACACAUUUCUAGCCAAUUAUUUGUCAUAAGGGACUCCAAAUAUGGCAAUCUAUUUACACCAUGGAUAUCAUUUACAAUGGAGUGUAUAAUGUGAAAAUGGCACCAAUGGGCGUAGAAAUAAAGUAAUGAAGUAAAGCCUUCUUUCUUCCUU